UCGGCACGCCAAGUGCACCAGUAGCAACGAUCUCACGCGCAGAAAACACAAGAGAGAGCGAGUAGAACCGAUAUCCGUAGCUGGUUUGCUAGACUAGAGCGGCGCCAUGGCCAAGAAGGGCUCAGGCACUGCCACCUCUCUCCUGCUCUGCCUCGCGCUGGCGGCGCACGCCGUCGGGGCUGCCAGGACCAUGCCCGCUGCAGCUGGCGGCGUGGCGGAGGCCUCACUUCCGGCCGCCGCCGCCACGGAGAAGGGCGCCGGUGCAGGAGGAGCCGGCGCGGCGGACGCGAAGAACCUGUUCGUGGGCGUGGGAGCCAUGGGGGACCUUCCGGGCUUCCCCGCCGUCGGCGGCGGCUACGGCGGUGGCUUCGGCAACAACGGAGCCGGCGUCUUCACCGGCGUCACGGGCCCGCUCGGCGGCGUCGGGGGCGGCGUGGGGAGCGUCGGCCCGUUCGGCGGCGUCGGGGGAGCCGGCGGCAUCCCUUUCGGAGGCUUCGGGGGUGGCAGCGCCCCGUUCGGCGGGUACGGCGGCGUCACGCCUUGAGUACGCCGCGGUGGCCGAGCUAGCUUGGGCGCUCUGGGACGUGCAUACAUGUACGUGACGAAGUGGCGCUCUAGCUCAUGGUGGAUCGCACUAGCUUUGACCACUUGUUUCCUUGGACCUAGGGUGUUGUCAUGGUAUGGCGCAAGGUAUAUGCGCAGUAGUACUUAGUUUUCAGGUCCGUGUACGAGAAGUAGCUGAUUCGCUGGGAGUGUGUGUGUGGCCAGUCAGGGUUUGUGACUGUUGUGUGGUUGUGUUUGGUCGUGUGAACUACCUGUGUAUCCGACUAGCUAGCUGCUAAUGGUAUGUAGUACGUGUGAUUCUCGUGGUGUCCUCAA